UUAGUAACAUCCGGGGCUUCGACAAGGAUGAAAGCUAAUUUCCAAGAUGGCGGCGGAGGGAGGAGGGAAGGAGAUGAACGAAAUUAAAACUCAAUUCACUACUCGAGAAGGUGUCUACAAACUCCUCACUCACUCCGAAUACAGCCGCCCGAACAGGGUGCCUUUCAACUCACAGGGCUCCAAUCCCGUCAAGGUCUCCUUCGUCAAUGUAAACGACCAGUCCGGCAACGGUGACAGGAUCUGUUUCAAUGUGGGCCGGGAACUGUACUUUUAUAUCUACAAAGGUGUGAGAAAGGCUGCUGACCUGAGUAAGCCCAUAGACAAGAGGAUAUACAAAGGAACACAGCCCACAUGUCAUGACUUCAACCCCCUCACAGCUACAGCAGAGAGUGUCUCGCUGCUGGUGGGCUUCUCAGCAGGCCAGGUGCAGCUCAUAGACCCAAUAAAGAAGGAAACCAGCAAACUCUUCAAUGAAGAGAGACUUAUAGACAAGUCACGAGUAACAUGUGUACGAUGGGUUCCUGGUUCAGAGAGCCUGUUUUUGGUGGCUCACUCCAGUGGCAGCAUGUAUUUGUACAAUGUGGAAAACACCUGUGGGGCCACGGCACCUCACUACCAGCUCCUUAAGCAGGGUGAAAACUAUGCUGUGCAUACCUGCAAGAGCAAGUCAGCUCGCAACCCAUUACUGCGCUGGACGGUGGGUGAAGGGGCGCUGAAUGAGUUUGCCUUCUCUCCAGAUGGCAAGUUUCUGGCCUGCGCAAGCCAGGAUGGAUUCCUGCGGGUGUUUGGCUUUGACGCUGCAGAGCUCCAUGGAACAAUGAAGAGCUACUUCGGUGGCUUGCUUUGCGUUUGCUGGAGCCCGGACGGACGAUAUAUUGUGGCAGGAGGGGAGGACGAUCUGGUGACGGUGUGGUCAUUUUCAGACUGCAGAGUGAUUGCAAGGGGGCAUGGCCACAAGUCGUGGGUGAGUGUGGUGGCAUUUGACCACUGUACCACUAGUGUGGAGGACGGUGACCCCCCUGCUGAGUUCAGUGGUAGUGAUGAGGACUUCCAUGAGCACAUACACUUUGGUGCAGGCAGAGACCGAGCUAACAGUUCUCAUUCUCGUCUUUCUAAGAGAAACUCUACAGACAGUCGACCUGUUAGUGUGACCUACAGAUUUGGCUCAGUGGGCCAGGAUACCCAGCUGUGUUUGUGGGACCUAACAGAGGACAUUCUCUUCCCUCACCUACCUUUGUCUCGCACUAGGACUCACACUAAUGUCAUGAGUGCCACAAGCCCUCCAGCCACUGGACAAACCACGACUACUGUAUCCACUACAAAUCCCAGUGGCACCAAUGGUAAAGACAGUGUGAGCAAUAGCAGCACGAGUGGCAACCCUGCUAAUUCUCUCCCUAGCACCCUGCCUCGGUCCAACAGCUUGCCACACUCCUCUGCCCCAACAGGGGGCAACACCCCCAAUAGUCACACGGGCAGCAGCGGCAGCAGCACCAAGGGAAACAGCAUCAUCGACAGUGCAUUCAUCGCAACUGGCGUCAGCAAGUUUGCAACUCUGUCACUACACGACUCUCGUAAGGAGCGCCACGAAAAGGACCACAAGCGAAACCACAGCAUGGGUCACAUCAGCAGCAAGAGCAGUGACAAGCUCAACCAGCUUAGCUCAUCACGGACGGCAAAAACAGAAGUAGCUAAGACUCUGGGCACCACGCUGUGCCCGCGCAUGGAGGACGUGCCGCUGCUCGAGCCGCUGGUGUGCAAGAAGAUUGCUCACGAGAGACUCACUGUGUUAAUCUUCCUUGAGGACUGUCUGGUAACAGCCUGUCAGGAGGGUUUCGUUUGCACAUGGGCUAGGCCUGGGAAAGUGGGAUUGCUAUCAUCUCAAAACAACCCAGCGAACUCCCCCAGUGGAACAGUAGUAUAGCCACAGUGCUGGUGCUGCUAGUGACAGCUCCGUGCAACAGAGACGGAGAUGACCAAGGCCAUGGCCCUGCAGCGCUUCUUCGCACACUGUCACACACCACAUGACCUCCAAUGUCACCUUCAUUCUCAUCACUACAGCCACCCAGCUCUCUUUGUGUUACUGCUCAUGUUUAGAUAACCGAUGACGGCCAAGCCAGGGUUAGAAACUUGACCCUCACCCCUUCUGUCUGGGGGGUUAAAUGGGUGCUAUUGGAAGUGAAAUAGUGCAAGCUUUAAAUCGUCCAGGAGGUUUAUGGGAUUGGUUGUCUGGAUCAUUGUUCCAUCUAUUGUCAUAUCAAGUCGCAUCUAGUCUGAAAAUAAUAAUCUCUAGUACCAGUCCUUUGUGCCUGUAGAUAUUUACAGACUAGACAUGCCAAUACGUAUUGUGGAGAUGCCUCACCCUAUCCUUUUUGUAUGGCUUUAAUUCAGACGUUUUGUUUUUUUUUUUUCUUGUAUUUUGGUUUGUCAAAUGCAUUCACAUAUAAAAGGGAAUGAGAUGAGGGAUAGUUUCAGAGCAGCAGCAUAUCCCCAACACCAAGUCUCUUUCGUUUGUAACUUCCUGGGCUCAUCACUUGUGCAGCCCCAGUCCUCUAGAGACACCUGUUCAAGAGAGACUGGAGCUUUUUACUUCCUUUACAAAUACUUCAGUCACAUGUACCACACUUUAUAGUGAAUUUGCACAGAUUUACUUUCAUUGUUGUUUAUUUUGUUUUUCCCAUUUUUGAAUUCAUGACGGUGGAACACAAGUUGAAAUACUUUGAAGACAGCUUUGGAAGCACUUGGGGAGGAAACGUCUUGUUAUUGCCCUCUGUCUCAACGCUGGAUGCUGCAAUCAUAGUUUUUUAUAUGGAAAAAAAAAUUGUUUGCACUUAAUAGUUUGUUAGAGGAGAAUGGCUUUACAUUUUUUGGAGUGUGUAAGGACUCCUUGACAAGGUUGAAAUAUAAAUAGAAUUUGAAAAAAACCUUUGUAUCUAUUGAACAUUUAUUUUAAUAUUCUUUCAGAUUAAAUGGGCUCUGUAUUAUAUGUAAAUAUUGUACUUCAGUGAUCUAUGGGUGAAAUGAUCAUUAUUACGUUAGUUCAAUGAUCCUCAUUUGAGAAAAUAGUAAUAUUUCUAAUACAGAAAAUCUAUAUGUAAUAUUAAAAUCAAUCUUGAAUAUGCAGGCGAAAAUGUUUUCUGUUGUACAUAAAGAGAAUUCAGGUGUAUUUUUAUUAUUAAAAUGUUUGGUAUAGGAAAUGUCUAUGAACUCUUACCUAACAGGUAGUGCUGAAUGCUAGCUAGUCUGUCGCUGCAGAUUCCUUUUACAACAUAGGCAGACAGACGCAGCGGUCUAAUUCAGCCAUCACUCCGAGCUCAGGUAAACCACAGGAAAACUAACGCUGGCAUAGUUCCCCUCACUAGUCUCAUCUAUCAAUGUGUGUGAAUUCACUUUAACUAACAAAUAAAGACUGAUAACCAUGUUCUGCAGACAGGGCUCAAAUCUGAGUCCUGUGAUUGUGAGUAAUAAUUACUGAACUGAUAGAGAACUUGUGCUGAAUUGAACAAAAAUUUUUGACACUGUGUUGAAUACCAGCUGACUAAUGUCAGUGUUUGAUAUUGGAAUAAAUGCGUGAGGUGAGUGUGUUUAUUUUUCAAGCACACGCAUAGGAAGACAGGAUUUUAACAGUGGGAGCUUCUUCCUUCAUGUGACGCCUAAUUAAAACAGCUUUGACAGAUUACAU